AUGCUUACUAAACCGGGAAGAACAAAGAGUGGAAGUCUUUCAAUCCCGUCUCGAAGUAAGAUAUUAGCACCACAACAACAAAAGAAACCACAGAUUCCUCCAGUUGAUCAAAGUCCAAGUCAAAUUGAUUUAGAUGCUGAUAAACAACCAAUUUCAGAUCUUCCUAUGCCACCAUUUCAAGUCGUUUCUUUUAGACAUGGCCAAGCUGGUGAUUUAAUUCCAUUACCUUCACUUUCGACAGCUCCAAAUGGCGAAAUUCCUCAAUUAACGUAUCAAAAAGUAAAACAAUGUAUGAGAAUUUGUGACUUUUCUGAUCCAAAUACAGAUGUUGUUAGUAAAGAAACAAAAAGAGUAACAUUAAACGAAUUAAUCGAUGUUUACUCGAAUUCUAAGAUAAUUCCUCGUUUAACAAGAGAAUGUCAUGCAUCAGUUAUUGAAAUGUUCGCUACUAAUGUCUUUCGUCCGAUGCCUAACAUUCCCCGUGCAGUUCUUAUGUCAGAUGAUAUUACAUUUGAAGAUUCUGCUUGGCCACAUCUUAACUUAAUCUAUAUACUAUUCUUGAAGUUCCUAGAAGCGAAUAUUGACCAAAGAAUUCUCCAAUACCAGUUAUCUCCAAAAUUUAUUUCUCAAUUGUUCGCUGUUCUUGAAUUUCCAGAUGAACGCGAAAGUUCCCAAGCUAAGGCUGUUAUAGCCGCCAUUUUCAACAAGGUUCCUCCUCAGCGUCCUUUACUUCGUUUCAUUACAACAUCAAUUCUUUCCGGAGUUCCAGAAGGAGUCUCUUUCAACGCUACAGGACACUUGCUUGAACUUUAUUACCUCUUUAACUCCCAAACAUUGCCACCUUUGGCUCCAGCUCAGAUUCAAUCUUUCGAAAGGGUAAUUUUACCCUUACACCUUUUAAGUGGUCUGAAGGCGUAUCACGGACAACUUGUCAGAUGUGUCUUGUUAAUGGUACGAAAAGACGCAAGAUUAUGUCCAACACUUCUUAAGUUUUUGGUCACACAUUGGCCAUUGACAUUAGAUCAGAAAAGUGAACUUUUUAUUGACGAAGUUGGCCAAGUAAUUGAAGAAAUGCUUCCUGCUGAUUUGAGGACAGUCAUGGGAAGUCUUCUAGAGUGUAUAACAUUUGCUGCGGAGAGUCCUUCGAUGACAUUAGCUGAAAAAGCUUUGAAUUUUCUGAAAAACGAAAGAAUUAAAAACGCAAUCACAGAAAAUCCAAAUGAACUGAUGUCAAUGAUAUUCCCAACAUUGUUUAGAGUUGCUAGAGAACAUUGGCACAAGAAUGUACAGCUCAUUGCUCUACAGGUAAUGAAUAUAUUGAUGGAAUUGGAUCCAGUUGCUUUCAAAGCAAGUGCAAAUGAAUUUAAACAGAAAACAAUGGUUGAAGGAACAAAGAAAGAGAAAAAGAAAAUUCUUUGGCAGAAAGUCGCAAGUAAAGCCAUCAAGAAUGAUAAUACUAUUGAUGAAGCUUCUGUUCAGGCUGAUAUGGUCGCAUAUUUCGGUUAUUCAGAUUAUAAUGAUAACACAUGA